AUGGCUAAUGCGCCAUUGGUUGAUGUGGGAGUUUUGUUUCUCAUCGUGGUGACAGCUUCUUUGGCAAACGCAGGUUCCUCAUCCAGUGAAGAUGUGAGCCAAAUGAAGGAGGUGGAGGUGGAGGCGGCGGCAGUCAAGCUGCUCCUGCCGGGCGACGCGGACCACCUAGCCGGUGGAGUGAAGCCCUGCUCCCCCUGUCACCUGCCGGGCGCCAGGAGGCGUUCCAAGAGGUGCACGUGUUACACUUACAAGGACAAGGAGUGUGUUUAUUACUGCCACCUGGACAUCAUCUGGAUCAACACCCCAGAGCACACUGUACCAUAUGGUAUGUCCAGUUACCAGGGUUCCCUGCGCAUGCAACGCUCGAUUGGGACUGAGCAGCGGAGGAGGGUGGAGGAGGCCCAGCGCUGUGUGUGCUCACAGCAGACUGACUCUCACUGCAGCAGCUUCUGCAUGGACAGCAGGCAGAAGAGGCCACCCAUAGCAGCGCCUAAAACACACAAGAGGACAGCAUCUCCGCGCAGUGGGCCUGAAAUGGACAUAUAA